AUGGCUCCCACAAAGAAGGGUGGCGAGAAGAAGGGCCGUUCUGCCAUCAACGAGGUGGUGACCCGAGAAUACACCAUCCACAUUCACAAGCGCAUCCAUGACGUGGGCUUCAAGAAGCGUGCCUCUAGGGCACUCAAAGAAAUCCAGAAAUUUGCCAUGAAGGAGAUGGGGACUCCAGAUGUGCGCAUUGAUACCAGGCUCAAUAAAGCGUCUGGGCCAAAGGAAUAAGGAAUGUUCCAUACCGUAUCCGUGUACGUUUGUCCAGAAAACGUAAUGAGGAUGAGGAC